AUGCCCGACAACCGUCUCCUCCGUGUUGAUGACCAGGCCGAAUUUGUCGCAAGCGACAGCGAAGAGAUCCAUGCUCCUUUGUAUCUAUCCAUCGGAGGUGGUGUUGAGGGUGAAGUCGUCCGCGAAGAGAACUUCGUGGACGGUGGUUAUGAAUACGCGCGAUUGGAAGUGCAUCCGCCGUUGAUUGAUAAGGUGACCGUUCGUCCUGUAGGCGAAGCGGAUCCGAGACGUUCUUCACGAGAGGCGUCCAUCAGCAUGGCGGAUAACAUAAGACUGAAGAGGGUGAGCGUUAGGACACGGCCCUGUUUCACUCCGAUGGUCACUGCGAAUGCCUCUGAGACAGCUCCGUUGCCCAUGCCAUCGUGGAAAUGA